AUGCUGUCGCCCGAUGGGCCCCCGCCGCCGGGCCCGCCCCUCCCGGCCAGCAGCGAUGACGAGGGGGACUUCGUCACCGCCUCCGAGGGCGAGCUGUCCGACAGCGACCUGUGUGUGCCGGAUGUCGGGGGGUCGGGCCCGGCUCGGCGACUGCCCCGGCGCCUGCUGCGCCUGCUCCACGGCCGUGCCGCCGUCUCGUCGAGCGCCGGGUCCUCCGGGUCGGACUCCUCGUCCUCCCUGCCCGGGUCAGAUUCAUCGACCCUGGCCCCGGCGGCCCGGCUGGUCGACGCCCCGGCGCUCGGCCUGUCCUCCGAGGCCCUCGCCACCCUGAGUGGCUUCCUCGGGGACGCCGCGCUCCCGGUGCCGGAGCGCCUCCCCUCGGCCGGGGCCUCCGACCCCGGGGAUCUGUGGGUGGCGCUGGCCACGGCCCAGCGCGAGGCCCGGCACCGGCAGGCCGCCGCGGCCGCCGCGGCCGCCACCGCCGCAUGGGAGGCAUUCGAUGAUGGGGACUUCUCCGAUGUCCUUUCGCCGCCGGACUCGGACCCGGGGCCCGAUCCAACAGUGCCCACCACUGCCGGCCUGCCUCCCGCCGCCGAGCCAUGGCCCGCACCCGAGGCGGUCCAUGAGCCGGCCCCGCCGGCCAUCCUCGACCCGGCGCCAGCACCCGAGCCUGUGCCCGAGCCCGUGCCCGAGCCCGUGCCCGGGCCUGCCCUCUGGCCCGAGCCCCAGUCGCAAUCCACGUCCGAGUGCCAGUCCGGGCCCCUGGCCGCCUCCCUGCCCGCGCCCGAGCACCAGCCCCCCAGUGAGCUCACCCCCACGCCCGAGCACCGGCAUCAGCACCGGUCGCAGGGUGCGCCGCCCGGGGCGCAUGCCCACUGGCAGCCCCCCGAUGGCCCUCGCGGCCAGGCCCACCCGGGCACCCACCCCCCGGCGGCAGCUCCCCCCGGCGCACACCCCGCGCCCGAGUCCAAGCAGCAGGGCGGCCGCAGCAUGUUCAGCUGGGGCACCACCCUCCUGUCGGGCAUUCAGUCGCAGCUCCUGUCCGAUGGCUCGGCCCUCGCUGGCAGCCUCGGACGCACCAUCAAUGAGACCCUGGACCUGGCGUACCACGCCCUUGAGGGGGAACCCCCGGCCGGGGAGGAUACCCGGCCGGCCGGUCCCCCGCACGAGGCCGACCCGCGCCUGCAUCGGCUGCUGGACGGCCUCGCGGCCGAGCCCGGGCCCGGCUCGCGCGCCGGCCACCCCCCUCUGACACAGGCGCCUGACGCCCUUCCUGCCAGCGACCAGGCGCCUGGCCAUGCGUCCUGGCUUGGUGGCCGGACUCCGGCCCGGACACCCCAUUCCCCCGGGGCCGAUGCUCGGGCCGCCCUGCCAUCCCCCCUGGCGAUCGAUGCGGCCGGCCCCGCGCCCGGCUGGGACGCCGGCGACGACUGGCUGGCGGAUGCCGAUGCCUGGGGCACCGACCCGGAGCCGGGUCCUGGCCCUCGGCCCAAGGCCCAGUCCGCAAGCUCGGCCUCCAUCCGACUGCCCCCGCCCGCGGACGGCGGCUGGGACAUCAGCGAUGACCUGGAUUUGGACCUGGACGAUGGGCCCGGGGCUGUGGGCACCUCCGGGGCGCUUGCCUGGGGCUCAUCCUCAAGCCCGGCGCCGGGCGGGCCUGCCAGCCUUGCGCCCUCCCCGGCGGGCAGUCCGGUCCCUGCCGGCGCCACCAGCCCCGCCCCAGUGCGGACCGGCAUGCCGACGUCGCCGCCCCUCCAGGCAAUUGACGGGUGGGAGGGUGACAUCACUUUGUCGGACCUGGACCUGGACGGCGAUGCCGAGUCUCCCCAUGCGGCGACCCCCCAUGACAGGGGUGAGGAUGAGCUGGAGCGGGAUCGGUGUCUGGCCGCCGAGGGGGGCACCCAUCUGGCCACCAUGCAAUCGGAACGCCCUGCCGAUGGGCCGGCCGAGCCACAGGCAUCCGAGCAGGCGGAAAAAGAACGUCUUGCCGCUGAGGAGGCAGAGCGUCUUGCUGCUGAAGAAGCGGAGCGUCUCGCAGCUGAGGAGGCGGAGCGUCUCGCAGCUGAGGAAGCCGAGCGUGAGCGCCUGGUCGCCGAGGAGGCCGAGCGCGAACGUCUGGCCGCUGAAGAGGCCGCCCGCACUGCUGUCAAGGAAGCCGAGCGCCUGGCCGCUGAAGAAGCACGUCUUGCCGCCGAGGAGGCUGCUCGUAUCGCCGCCGAGGAGGCUGAGCGUCUUGCUGCUGAAGAGGCUGAGCGCGAACGUCUUGCCGCUGUUGAGGCUGAACGUUUCGCUGCUGAGGAGGCUGCCCGCAUUGCUGCUGCCGCCGAGGCGGAGCGUCUUGCUGCCAAGGAGGCCGAGCGUCUCGCAGCUGAAGAGGCAGAGCGCCUGGCAGCUGAAGAGGUUGCCCGCCUUGCUGCCGAGGAGGCCGAGCGUCUUGCUGCCGAGGAGGCCGAGCGUCUUGCUGCCGAGGAGGCAGAGCGCCUGGCUGCUGAAGAGGCUGCCCGCCUUGCUGCCGAGGAAGCCGAACGUCUUGCUGCCGAGGAGGCCGAGCGUGAACGUCUUGCCGCGGAGGAGGCAGAGCGUCUUGCUGCUGAGGAGGCUGCCCGUAUUGCCGCCGAGGAAGCCGAGCGCCUGGCCGCUGAGGAGGCAGAGCGCGAACGUCUGGUCGCCGAGGAGGCUGCCCGCAUUGCCGCUGAAGAAGCACGACUGGCUGCCGAAGAGACUGCUCGCAUUGCCGCCGAGAAGGCUGAACGCUUGGCUGCUGAGGAGGCUGAACGUCUUGCCGCCGAGGAGGCUGCUCGUAUCGCCGCUGAGGAAGCCGAGCGCGAACGUCUGGCCGCCGAAGAGGCAGAGCGCCUGGCAGCUGAAGAAGCAAAGCGUAUUGCCGCCGAGGAGGCAGAGCGUCUGGCUGCCGAGGAGGCCGAGCGCGAACAGGCUGCCCGCAUUGCUGCCGAGGAAGCUGAACGUCUUGCUGCCGAAGAGGCCGAGCGUCUGGCUGCCGAAGAGGCAGAGCGCGAACGUCUUGCCGCGGAAGAGGCUGCCCGUAUUGCCGCUGAGAAGGCUAAACGUCUUGCCGCAGAAGAGGCUGAGCGCCUGGCUGCAGAAGAGGCAGAGCGUCUGGCUGCCGAGGAGGCAGAGCGCGAGCGUCUUGCUGCUGCGGAGGCUGCCCGCAUUGCCACCGAGGAAGCCGAACGCCUGGCAGCUGAGGAAGCCGAGCACCUGGCAACCCUGUCGCCCAGCGGGCAGACCACCAGUGAUGAUGCGGUGCCAGGCAGUGAUGGCAGUGCAUCGCUGGUCCCAGGCCCCGCCGGGUCCACUCCAUCGGAUCUGGGCGACGGGUGGGGGGAUGCCGAUGACCUCCUUCUUGAUGAUCUGCUGGGCGACAUGGACACACAGCCCGCGACAGAUCCGGCCACCGGCAUCACCGGGCCACCAAGUGCACCUCUCCCCGGGCUUGAUCUCCAAGCCAACUUGCCUGCUAGUCCCUGGGCGGCCCUUUCUCCGGCCCCGGCCCGGAUGGCCACCGACCCAGUGGCCGUCGGGUCGGCCGGUGGCUGGGACACUGAGCUGCCGGACGACCUGGACGCCCUCCUGGACGGCCAGGAGGCCGACGCCACCAGCACCGACCGCGUGGACAGCUACGGCGUGGACAGCUUCGGGUCCGGUGCCGACCGGUCAAGCGGCGAUCCCUCCGGCGACGGGUGGGACGUCGAUGAUGUUCUGCUCCCCUCCGGCGAUGAAGUCCCCCCCACCGCCGAGGCCGAUGCUGCCCGGUCCACCGUGGCAGGCGGCUGGUCCGACCACGACGACCUGCUCCCCUCCGGCGAUGAAGCCCCCCCCACCGCCGAGGCCGAUGCUGCCCGGCCCACCGUGGCUGGCGGCUGGUCCGACCACGACGACCUGCUCCCCUCCGGCCAGGAUGGUCGGGCCCCUGUCGCCGGGGGCGGCACGGCCCCUGCCCCGAGCGGCUGGUCCGACCACGACGGCCUGCCCCUGACGUCCGGCGGCCCUGAUGCCGGGGGCUGGUCCGAUCACGAUGACCUGGACCUCGGCAUGGACGAGGGUCUCGAGCCGGGGCCCGCCGGGUCACCUCGCUUUGCGGCGCUCUUCGACUCGGCCGCCGCCAGCGACAACCCGGACCCUCUGUCGGUCAUCGAGUCCAAGCUCGGGUCCUUCCUGCAGGCCGGCAUGGGAUUCAUGUCUGCCGCUCCGGCCGAGGACUCCCGGCCGGGGCUCUUCGGGGCGGUGCCCCUGCUCGGGGCGCUGGCCCCGCGCGGGCUCGGCUCCGUGGUGGACGGCGUGGCCACCGGAUUGGCCCGGCAUUUGGCCGGGCACGAGCCCCGCCACGAGUCGUCCGCACUCGGCGUCGAACACCAGGACGAUGGGGACUGCCUACCACUGCUCUUCGAGGACCCCUCCCACAAUGGGCCCUUCGCCGAUAGCAUUGCACAUCGGUAUGGGCGCUUCACCCACCAGGACCCGGAGCUCUGGCAAUUCCUCGGCGGGGCAAUCGCGCCGCAUGCGGCCAUGGACAUCGCCAACCAGGCCAUCGACCUCUUUGCGGCCAGCCACCUGGACUUCACCGAAAUGGAGCACCGACACGCCGAGGCCGCUUUCGGGCAGCCCGGCCCCUCGCCAGCCCCGGUGGAGACCGCCCACCUGGUCAAUCCGAUUCUGUUUGCCUUUUCGUCCCUCGUCCCCGGGGAAUUCCCUCCCGAGGUGGAGCUGCUGUCGGCUUCGAUCGAGCGCUUCAAUGCGGCGGCCCAGGGCGCCGCCGCUGGACGCACUCCGCCCGCCGACUUUGCCGCCACGGCCCGGCUCGCGGCCGGCGCGGUGGUCCUGUGCGGCGCGCGCCUCGGCCUGAUGGGUGCCCGCCGCGCGGCCCGGGACCUGGCCCAGCUGGACCCGGUCGACCCGAGCGCCGGGCCCCGGCUGGAGGCCGGCAUCCUGGCCCUCCUGCGGCAGACACACGCCCUGCUGCUGUCCUUGAUCCGGGCACUCGAGGCUCUGCAUGCCGGGACGCCCCGCAGCAGCCCGGAGAAUGUCCCGCUGCUGGGGCAGCAGCACUUGCUCGGGCUCUUCGGGCCGGUGUUCGACGCCCUGGCGCAGGCCCUCUGA